AUGAAGAUAUAUAUUCUCUCACUUUUAUUUAUUGCAACGCUCGGAGUCAUUGAAAUUCCUCUCUCUCAUAUCUAUAAAACAGAGGAAGAGCAAUAUGCUUAUUUCAAGCUAAUUCAGCUAAGAAGGCUGUUUGGGGCAAGUAAUGUCCCGAUUUCUAACUAUUUAGAUGCUCAAUAUUAUGGCCCGAUUUCAAUUGGGACUCCUCCUCAGCCUUUUACUGUUACUUUCGACACAGGAUCCCAAAUCCUUUGGGUGCCAUCGAAAACAUGCACUUCACUAGCUUGCUAUACGCACCAUAUGUAUAACUCAAAAGCAUCAUCCACAUAUAAAAAGAAUGGGGAUACGGUUAUUACUGGUUAUGCUAGUGGCUUUGUGUCGCAAGACACUUUGACCUGGGCGGACUCACUGUCAAAGACGUUAAAUUUGUUGAAAUGGGUUCUCUUGUUGGAUCUGGCUGGGUGGAAACCAAGCCAGAUGGGAUGUUAG